AUGGCCAACGAAUCAACCUCGCUUGAGCUUGCCUCCAUCGACAAGCUCGAGCUCCUCAACGGCACCACCGCCGUCAAUUGGGUGUCGUUUGAGGAGAGCCUCUUCACGUACCUGGGCUCCGUUCGAGUGGGAGAUUACUGUCUCCUAGACAUUGUCCUCGAAACACCUAAUGGCCUCCCUCCCACCCCGCCCCCACUCCCAGGCCCUUCCCCCCCCGACGCCCCACCACUCCCGACCGAACCUACCCCCCAAGCCCCUAUCCUAGGGGCUUGGGAGGAUGAUCCGGACAGGUGGGCUCGCACGCUCAACAAAUACAACAAAGAGCGGGACGACUAUGUCAUCAAAAGCAGACCACACGCAGCGGCCAUCGCCGAUCACGAAGCUGCCGCUGCAAAACUUGCAGAAUUCAAAGCCGCCUCCGAAGAGUACUCUGCUAAGCUCCGUAAGCACCACUCCGAUACAGCUGCAUGGCGCAUUGCUGACCGCCGUGCACUUACUAUCAUCUUCUCAUGUGUUCCCUCUUCUCUCAAGCGUGACCUUCGCCCCCCAUCCUCCCCCUCCCUCUGGAAGUCUCUCUCCUCCCAAUAUGAUCGCCAGGACCUACGUUCCCUCCUCUCCCUCUUUCGCACCUUCCAAGACAUCACACUGGACUCCUCCCUCAACGCUGCUUCCUUCGCUCGGCGCCUCACAGACACUGCACACCGUCUCAAUGAUCGUGGCAUCUUAAUCUCCGACACCCUCCUCACAGCACGCAUCCUUGACUGCCUCCCACCCACCUACGACACUUAUCGCAUCAAUUUCACCUCCCAGCACAUCCGUCCUCCUCCUGUGGCUGUUACCAUCGACUGGCUUCUUGACAGUGAGGCUGACCUUCUGCGUGAAUCUGCCUCCAUCAAUGCCGUUCAUGCGCGCAAAGGAACAAACACCGGCGGAAGCAGCGGGGGCGGACCAGGACGUGGCCCGAGCGGUGGUGGAAGAGGAGGCGGUCGCGGAGGUGGACGAGGAGGGCGCACUGGGGAACGUGGCGGGCGUGGGGCAACCACUUCAACCACGGGUGGGCUCUCUCCGUGCCAGUAUGUCAUUCGCCAAGGCCCUAACAAAGGUCAGACCUGCAACCAGACCACCCAUCCCACUGAUACGUGCUUCAAAGCUCUCACCGACGAAUGGCUUGCACGCGGCAACACGGGCCCUCCUCCACGCUGGAGCACCAUCACCCCUCGCCCCACCCCUCAUGACAUUCGCACCCUUCCCGCCUAUGCACCAUCUCCCCCCAACCUCCAUAAUGUCCUCGCCCAACACCUCUCCCCUCACGUCCUCCAGCAAGUCCAACACCUCCUCCCCACACCCACCACCACCCCAACACCUCCCACCCUCACCACACCCACCCUCGCACCUCAAACCCCUCCCUCCUCCUAUCCUCCUCUCUCCCCUUAUCCUCCUCCUUACGCUGGCUGGCCCUACCCUCUCUACCCCCCAUCUCUCGCACCUCCCGCCGGCUCAGCCGUGCCCCUUGCGCCUCUCAGCGCACCUCCCGCAGGCUCUGUCGUGCCCCUUGCGCCACUCAGCGCACCUCCCGCCGGCUCAGCCGUGCCCCUCGCGCCGCUCGGCGCACCUCCCGCCGACUCUACCCUUGCCUCCAUCGACAAGCUCGAGCUCCUCAACGGCACCACCGCCGUCAAUUGGGUGUCGUUUGAGGAGAGCCUCUUCACGUACCUGGGCUCCGUUCGAGCCCCUCCCCCCCCCGAUGCCCCACCACUCCCGACCGAACCUGCCCCCCAAGCCCCUAUCCUAGGGGCUUGGGAGGAUAAUCCGGACAGGUGGGCUCGCACGCUCAACAAAUACAACAAAGAGCGGGACGACUAUGUCAUCAAAAGCAGAGCACACGAAGCGGCCAUCGCCGAUCACGAAGCUGCCACUGCAAAACUUGCAGAAUUCAAAGCCGCCUCCGAAGCGUACUCUACUCAGCUCCGCAAGCACCACUCCGAUACAGCAGCUUGGCGCAUUGCUGACCGCCGUGCACUUACUAUCAUCUUCUCAUGCGUUCCCUCCUCUCUCAAACGUGACCUUCGCCCCCCAUCCUCCCCCUCCCUCUGGAAGUCUCUCACCUCCCAAUACGAUCGCCAGGACCUACGUUCUCUCCUCUCCCUCUUUCGCACCUUCCAAGACAUCACAUUGGACUCCUCCCUCAACGCUGCUUCCUUCGCUCGGCGCCUCACAGACACUGCCCAACGUCUCAAUGAUCGUGGCAUCUUAAUCUCCGACACCCUCCUCACAGCACGCAUCCUUGACUGCCUCCCACCCACCUACGACACUUAUCGCAUCAAUUUCACCUCCCAGCACAUCCGUCCUCCUCCUGUGGCUGUUACCAUCGACUGGCUUCUUGACAGUGAGGCUGACCUUCUGCGUGAAUCUGCCUCUAUCAAUGCCGUUCAUGCGCGCAAAGGAACAAACACCGGCGGAAGCAGCGGGGGCGGACCAGGACGUGGCUCGGGCGGUGGUGGAAGAGGAGGCGGUCGCGGAGGUGGACGAGGAGGGCGCACUGGGGAACGUGGCGGGCGUGGGGCAACCACUUCAACCACGGGUGGGCUCCCUCCGUGCCAGUAUGUCAUUCGCCAAGGCCCUAACAAAGGUCAGACCUGUAACCAGACCACCCAUCCCACUGAUACGUGCUUCAAAGCUCUCACCGACGAAUGGCUUGCACGCGGCAACACGGGCCCCCCUCCGCGCUGGAGCACCAUCACCCCUCGCCCCACCCCUCAUGACAUUCGCACCCUUCCCGCCUAUGCACCAUCUCCCCCCAACCUCCAUACUGUCCUCGCCCAACACCUCACCCCUCACGUCCUCCAGCAAGUCCAACACCUCCUCCCCACACCCACCACCACCCCAACACCUCCCAUCCUCACCACACCCACCCCCGCACCUCAAACCCCUCCCUCCCCCUAUCCUCCUCUCUCCCCUUAUCCUCCUCCUUACGCUGGCUGGCCCUACCCUCCCUACCCCCCAUCUCUACUUCCCCCCCUUCCCUCCUCGCCCUCACCGGUACUCCCCUCCCCCCCCGCUUCAGCCCCAUCACUCCAGAUCCACUGCGCAACCGCUCCGCGCUCCUGA